CGUUGCGGUUCUGUCCUCAAGGGCUCUACUGGAGGAUAUGGCACAUGGAUCUGGUUCAGUCUGCCGUGCUGUACAGCGUGAUGACUCUCAUCAGUACCUACCUCGUGGCGUUUGCGUAUAAGAACGUCAAGUUCAUCCUCAAGCACAAGGUUGCACAGAAGAGAGAAGAUGCCGUUUCCAAAGAAGUUACUCGCAAGCUUUCUGAGGCAGACAACAGGAAGAUGUCUCGGAAGGAGAAGGAUGAAAGGAUUCUGUGGAAGAAAAAUGAAGUUGCAGAUUAUGAAGCAACAACUUUUUCCAUCUUCUACAACAAUACCCUCUUUCUGGUCCUGGUCAUCAUUGCUUCAUUUUUUGUGCUGAAGAAUUUCAACCCCACUGUAAACUAUAUCCUUUCCAUAAGUGCUUCGUCUGGACUGAUUGCCCUGCUGUCUACAGGAUCCAAGUAGACCAAAGAAAAAGCAAUUUGUUUUUGUGGGAGGGUUCAACUUCUACUUGAGAGUGGAAUAAAAAUAGUAUUUUUUUUAUAAUGGGACUGCCUGAGGGUUUGGGGGGAGGUUUUCAAUUGAAAGUUCAUUUACCUUAGGUAUCUUUAUAUGGCAUUGCUCAGUAACUGAAUCUAAUAUUUACUUGGCAUUGACAGUAAAUGGCAUGUGAGCUGUUAUCAAACAGCUUUUCUGAAGUAUUUCAUAGGUGUGAUGUUACUGCAGACCAUUAGACAGUAUGAGUCAACCACAAGGGACUGCUGCACAGCAGCACAGAACAGCUACAGUCAAACCCCAUAGUGGAAUUCCCCUGUAAACUAUUAGAAGAGCUGCAGUCUGUAAUCAUAAAAAUUGACAAUCCA